AUGCGGGGGGGCCCGGGCGACGCGGAGCGGCGGCAGCGCUGGGGUCGCCUCUUCGAGGAGCUGGACAGUAACAAGGAUGGCCGCGUGGACGUGCGCGAGUUGCGCCAGGGACUGGCCCGGCUGGCCGGGGGCGACCCGGACCGCGACACCAACAGCCAGGGCAUCUCCUCCGAGGGCGACGCUGACCCAGGUGGUGGGCUCGACCUGGAGGAGUUUAGCCGCUACCUGCAGGAGCGGGAACAGCGCCUGCUGCUUCUGUUCCACAGUCUGGACCGGAAUCAGGAUGGUCAUAUCGAUGUGUCUGAGAUCCAGCAGAGUUUCCGAGCUCUAGGCAUUUCCAUCUCACUGGAGCAAGCAGAGAAAAUUCUGCACAGCAUGGACCGUGACGGCACGAUGACCAUAGACUGGCAGGAAUGGCGUGACCACUUCCUGUUGCAUUCACUGGAGAAUGUGGAGGAUGUAGUCUAUUUCUGGAAGCAUUCUACGGUCUUGGACAUUGGUGAAUGCCUGACUGUCCCUGAUGAGUUUUCGGAGCAGGAGAAGCUAACUGGCAUGUGGUGGAAGCAGCUGGUGGCGGGCGCAGUGGCAGGUGCUGUGUCGCCGACGGGCACAGCCCCUCUGGACCGCCUCAAGGUGUUCAUGCAGGUCCAUGCAUCCAAGACCAACAAGCUAAACAUCCUGGGAGGCCUAAAGAGCAUGAUCCGAGAGGGGGGCAUGCGCUCCCUGUGGCGUGGCAAUGGGAUUAACGUGCUCAAGAUUGCACCUGAGUCGGCUAUCAAGUUCAUGGCCUAUGAGCAGAUCAAACGGGCCAUUCGGGGGCAGCAGGAGACCCUGCACGUGCAGGAGCGCUUUGUGGCUGGCUCCCUAGCUGGUGCCACGGCCCAAACCAUCAUUUACCCCAUGGAGGUGCUGAAGACGCGGUUGACCCUGCGCCAGACCGGCCAGUACAAGGGGCUGCUGGACUGUGCGUGGCAGAUCCUGGAGCGGGAGGGGCCCCGCGCCUUCUACCGAGGCUACCUGCCCAACGUGCUGGGCAUCAUCCCCUACGCGGGCAUCGACCUGGCCGUCUAUGAGACCCUGAAGAACCGGUGGCUCCAGCAGUACAGCCGCGACUCGGCCAACCCAGGCAUCCUCGUGCUCCUGGCCUGCGGCACCAUCUCCAGCACCUGUGGCCAGAUAGCCAGUUACCCCCUGGCCCUGGUCCGGACCCGCAUGCAGGCCCAAGCCUCCAUCGAGGGCGCCCCCCAGCUCUCCAUGUUGGGUCUGCUCCGUCACAUCCUGUCCCAGGAGGGCGUGUGGGGCCUCUACCGGGGCAUUGCCCCCAACUUCAUGAAAGUUAUCCCGGCUGUGAGCAUCUCCUAUGUGGUCUACGAGAACAUGAAGCAGGCCCUGGGGGUCACGUCCAGGUGAGGGACCCAGAGCCUGACCCACCCCAGUUCCCUCACCCCAAUCAUGACAUCCCCCACACCUUGGCCACUGGAGACUGAUGGCCCAGCCAAUGGACCCCAGGGCCCCCGCACACCAAAUCACAGGAUCCCCACACUUUAUUCACUGGGUCCUGCACCCCCACAUCACAACGACUGGCCCCCCACAUGCGGGGUCCUGGACCUCCGUGACUUAACCACGGGAUCCCCCACAACCCAACUAAUGGAUCCUGAUAACCCAACCACAGGAGUACCCAUCACCGUGAGUACCCAUCACCAUGCCUAAA